ACUUGCGGCGUGACGGGCCGCUCGUACACCUUCGGCGCGGCGCGAGCCCUGAGCAACCUGGGGGCCCAGUCGCUGCUGACUAAAACUAGCCUCCGGCCGGGCGAGCGCAUGGCCCUACUGCUGCCCAACAUCCCCGAGUACCUGAUCGCCGUGCACGCUGGACUGCAGGCCGGCCUCGUACUCACCUUUGCCAAUCCGCUCCACACCGUCGACGAGCUGGCGCGGCAAUUUCGCGACGUCGCUGUCAGGUGCAUCGUCACCGUGCCCCAGCUCCUCGGGGUUGCCCAAACGCUCGCCAAACGGCUCGACGGCUACGACUGCACCAUCAACAUUGGCGGCCAAGACAAGCCCCAGGAUAGAAUCCUAGCCCUGGAGAGCCUGGCGAAGCCGUCGCGGGGCGUCGAGCUCCCGGACAUCGAUCCCCACAGCUUGGCCGUGCUGCCCUUCAGCUCGGGCACGAUGGGCCUGCCCAAGGGCGUGAUGCUGACUCACUCGAACUUGGUCCACAACAUCGUUCAAUUCUCCCACCCGAGCUUCCCCCAGGGCGGCGACGCUGCGAUCGAUCAGCGCAACAUCUUCACCAUACUCCCGUUCUUCCACAUCUUCGGAUUCAACGGUAUCCUCAACUAUCUCACCUACAUCGGCAUGAACGUCAUCACGAUUCCCAAAUUUCUGCCAAAGGACUACGUGUCCUGUCUGGCCGAGUACCAGCCCAGUGCUCUGUUCGCCGUGCCGUCCCUCAUGCACUUUCUCGCCACUAGUCCCGAGAUCUCAGCCGGUGAGCACCUGGCCAACGUUCGGGACGUCUUCUGCGGGGCCGCUCCGCUCAAGCGGGGCCUCAUCGACAACUUUUACCGGAAGAUCGGUCGCACCGACUGCUGCGUUUGUCAAGGCUAUGGAAUGACGGAGACGAGUCCUGGAGUGAUCGUCACGCCUUACACGAUAUCAGAGUCAAAGCACGGUUCCUGUGGCCAGCUACUGCCCUCGACUCGGGCGAGGGUCGUUGAUUUGGACACGGGCGAUGAUUGCGGGCCGAACGAGCCGGGUGAGCUGUGGAUCAAAGGGCCCCAGGUAAUGAGGGGCUACUGGAACAACGCGAAGGCGACCACCGAGACCAUUGACUCCGAGGGGUGGCUGCACACCGGGGACGUUUUCUAUUACGACGAGGACGAGUACUUUUACGUGGUCGAUCGCACCAAGGAACUGAUCAAAGUGAAAGGGAAUCAG